AUGCCUAUGCAAGGCAAUAGUGAGAGAUAUGGAGAGACACAGCAGAGGCGAAGUGAUCUCAUGGCAAGCAACCUUGAGCUUCCAUGGCUCUUAGACCCCCUUCCUUUUCCCUCCACCUCAGUGCCAUGCCUCAACUCAGAUCCCGAUAGUGCUGCGGCCGAUAUUUGUCAUCGGCUCCCGAGUAUUGAGCUGCCGGCGGGAGUUGAAAUACGUGGAGGCUGUGUUGUUGUCGACUCCUUAUCUCGACUGCCCACUGGAUCUGGCUCCAAGGAAACCGAGCUUUCGGGAAAGUCGCAAGAUGACGACUAUGGCACCUGGCCUCGUAAGCUUCUUCCGCGACACUGGCGGGGCUGCUGCGGUGGAGGGAGUCCCACCGGGAGUGAUCUCGGUGGCCUGUCAUCACACGGCUCAAAUCCCGCGUGCGGCAUGGAGGGAUGUCGAGGGCGAUACAGGUUCCCGUUCGACCUUUAUUCGCCUCGCUUGGCACGAGAAACGUCUCUACCAAGUCCGCGCUUCGGUGAAACUGCAUCCGACCCAGGAUUGCAGACUCCUGAAGAAUUUCUCCUGGAGGCCUGA